GCUUCACUCGCACUCUCAGAUCGUAGCUCGCCGUCAGCGGGGACGGACCGUGUGCGUGUGUCCUGGCGUGUGUUAGUGCGUGUGCGUGCGUGUGUGUCCGUGCGCGUGUGUCCGUGCGAGUGAUGACGCAGCCCGCCGAGCAGCAGUGAGGACGAGGAUUACCCGCCCCAAUACGAAGCCAUGUCGCGGUCCUUCCUCGUGGACUCGCUCAUCUCGCGGCCGCAGGGCCCCGCCGGGCUGCCCGCGCCCGCGCUGCCGCCCGCGCCCUUCCAGAUGCCCUGUGGUGUGCCGCCCGCCUACCUGUGGGGGCUGGGGCUGCACGGGCUGUACCAGCAGCCGCACGGCGUCCUGCGGCCCGUCGCGGCCCGACCAGCAUUGCACCUGCCGUCAGACUUCAGCCUGCAGUCUCUGAGCCACCACGAGCUCCUCGGCCAGCGCCUCCGCCAGCAACCGCAGCUCCUCCAGCACCAGCACCACCACCAGCAAAACAGAAUUCAUGCAGAUAUUCCUGUACAUCCACACUACGGCCAAAAUCUGUUCGACUGGUAUUUGAAGGAUAAAUACUUGUCAUUACUUGAAAAGAACUUUCCUACUUUCCUCCAGAAUGGACAACUGAAGUCUCUUUAA